AUGACUGCUGCACAUUUCGCUGAUUUCUCAGGAAUUCCUCAGCACGGCCUUCCCUGGUAUCACCAUUAUGAAGGCGAAAAGUCUACCUCCAAAGAAAUCACAGAUGACUUCAGGACCAGCAAAGUGUUGGCUGGAGAGAAAGGGGACGCCCGUCUCUCGCUGACGGACAUCCCCGCUGCAAGACUGACCUGGGAAGUGGGAGCUCGGAGCUCGCUUCCUGGCCAAUCAGGAAGCCAGGCGGCGUGUAAUGACUCGACGGCCAGCUUUCAGAUUGAUCGGAAAGCUGACCAAUCAAGAAGCCGGGCGGCGAGACAUUACCCACCAACUGGCUUCAAGAAAGCCAGCUCCAUCACCUGGUUGAUCCAGGUUUCGCUGUUCCAUAAGGCAAUGAGAAAAACAAUUAUGCAAAAAACACGAAGACACCACAGAAAGAAGCAAAUCUUCUCCUUGAGAGCAUUGGUCCAGUUAGAAAUUUUAGAGGCCAAAAGAACAGGGAGAGGAAUAGCCAUAGCCACCGCCUCCGUGCUUACCGGUUACCUGUCCUACCCCCGCUUCUAUUGCGGCCGCCUGGUGGAAUGCUGCGAGGAGAAUGCAUUGAAAAGUACAGCCUUCCGGGAAGACUUGGGAAAUAAACUGUUUGGCCAGCACCUGGCCCAAGACGUCAUCUUCCGAGCGGUCACAGGAUUUAUGAACAAUGAAAACCCCAAAAAGCCCUUAGCCCUCUCCCUGCAUGGCUGGACCGGAACCGGCAAGAACUUCAUCAGCAAAAUCAUUGCAGAGAACAUUCACCAGAAGGGGAUGAGCAGCAAAUACGUCCAUCUUUUUGUGUCAACCAUGCAUUUCCCCCACAACAACCUGGUUCCCCUCUACAAGGAUCAGAUACAGUCGUGGAUUCGUGGAAAUGUAUCUAGCUGCCCUCGUUCCAUAUUCAUAUUUGAUGAGAUGGACAAGUUACAUCCAGGUCUUAUCGACACAAUCAAGCCGUUCCUGGACUAUUAUGAGCAGAUAGAUGGCGUGUCAUACCGUAAAGCUAUUUUCAUUUUCCUCAGCAAUGCAGGGGGCCAUGUGAUCAACAGAGUGGUGCUGGGAUCCAGUAAGAGGAGAGAGGAGCUAAAGCUGCAGGAUCUGGAGUCUGUGCUGGCUGUCGAGGUAUUCAACAACAAAGACAAUGGCUUUUGGCACUGCAAUCUGAUUGACAAGAAUUUGAUUGACUUCUAUGUCCCUUUUCUACCGCUGGAGUACAGACAUGUAAAGCAGUGCGCCUUGGCGGAGUUAAGACAUCGGGGGCUAAAGGCCGAUGAAGAGCUGGCAUCCCUUGUGGCUAAAGAGAUGACUUAUUUCCCUAAGGACCUUCGAAUAUUCUCUGAUAAAGGCUGUAAAACUGUCACAGCAAGACUGAACUUUCAUCUGUAGUCGCUGCUGU